GAAACCAGCCUGCAUGAAUUACGUGGAUGUACUGAAGGCUUGUGAUUUUUGCUGCCUGCAAUAUAUGACGGGCGUUUAGACCGCGUGUCGUCUCUCCACUAACGAGAGAGUAGGUUGUAUCUUUAGGACUCUUCACUGUAUCCACCUGAGACCGUUAUAUGUCAGUAAGAAGCCAACGAAUGAGGUUCUACACACAUCAGCAUCACCGCAGGUGUAUCUGCAGCAGCACUUUGGAAUUUACACCGUACGGCAUCGGCAUCGCACAAUACCUGUGCGCACGCUCUACUUGCUUAUAUUCGCACAAAGUUGGAAUUGGGAUAGGGGGUGUUGGUGGUCUAUGAAUGUGGCCGAGCGUGCCCCCCACCACAACAUCUGCCUCUGUGCCUGUGGGGACUAUGCGCUGCACAACCCUGAAUGCACUGGCCGGUGGUUUGCGAGAACAGGGAGGGGGGUGGAGCAGCAGCAGGGGGUCGAGGGGGGCGCAGCAUGCCGCCUCCCUUCCGCAUCGCUGUGCUGGGGGCACAAGGCGUGGGCAAGACUGCCAUCGUGCAGCGCUUCCUCCACGAUGACUACAGCGAGGCGCCCACCCCGGCAACCAGCCGCGCCCGCCGUGUCCACCUGUCUGCUGCUGUGCUCAAUGGCCACGUGCACGACCUGCAGAUCACCGACUAUCCUGCCAUCACCAGCUUCCCCGGGAACUCAAUGCAGGAGUGGACAGACACCUGCUGCCGAGGUAUCCGCAGCGCUCACGUCUACAUCCUGGUCUAUGACAUCUGCUGCUUCGACAGCUUCGAAUACAUCAAGACCAUGCGCCAGCAGAUCCUAGAGACCAGGGUGUUGGGCACAGGCGACAUGCCCAUCCUGGUCGUGGGGAACAAGCGGGACUUGCAGCGGGGGCGUGUUAUCCCCCGCCACAACAUGUCCGACCUGGUGAGGAAGAACUGGAAGUGUGGCUACGUGGAGUGUUCGGCCAAAUUCAACUGGCACGUGCUUCUGCUGUUCGGGGAGGCUCUGCGCAGUGUGGGCUGUGCCCGCUGCAAACACGUCCAUGCAACCAUCCGCUUCCAACGGGCACUAAGAAACGAACGCUGUGCCCUCAUGUGAUUUACUCAGUGACGGUGGGUGCGCACCACAGUGGCAUUGAGGGCCAUUGGUACAGUAAACCUCCCUAGGACCACCAUGGCUGAUCACAUUUCUGUCCUGUGAAGCUACAGUAUUAACAUGUAACAGCCCUCUGUUUUGCUGCUAUCUGACUUGAUCAGGGAUGGAGAGUACCACCCUAUCCAUCUUUGAUAUUUUCUUGAUUUGGAGGCAGCUAAACCAACCCCUUGCUGUAAAAAUUCUGAACUCGUUCAAGUACACUACAGGAACUUUCCAGCAUCUGGGAGUCGCUCCAGACAGACAGAUUGGCUUACGUUGUUUGACUCACCUGGACGUUGAUCGAUGUAUGACAUUGCUAAUGUCAAAGCCCUAUUUGGAGUGGGAUUGAGGUUGACAUCUGCUGAUGCAUUCUCUCUGCUCGGAUGUCUUGAAGGUGCACACUUGAGCAUAUAAUCCCCAGAGGUAGCUAUACGAAUUCCGUACACAAACCCAUCUCAAUUAGUCCUCUGAAACCAAAACAGCCAACCAUAGGGACAAUUCUGUUAAAUGGAGUAAUCCAGUCCACCUUUACGCUCCACUCGCAAACAAACAACUGUGUACAUACUAAAAUCUACAACUGUAGAAGCACAUAAGGGUGUUUAUAUACAAACACAACUCAGACCAAACCCCCGAUAUGAGACUGUUAAUGAUAUACUGUAAAAAAUAAGGUCUAAAUGUAAUAAAAUACUUGAGGCUAGACGUGGUUGCCAACAUAUCGGCCUGUUCAGGUCCUCUGAACUGCUAAAUACAGCAAUAAAUGAACAUGCCAUGCUUGAAUGUUAGUAACCUUUGGUAAAACAUAGGAAUAAAGGGGGAACAAAAGGACACACUUGUUUCCUGUAAGGUUGUAUUCAAUGAAAUGUUGUAUUUAUUUUUAUUUCACCUGGUAAGCUAGUUGAGAACAAGUUCUCAUUUACAAUUGCGACCUGGUCAAGAUAAAGCAAAGCAGUGCGACACAAACAACAGUUACAUGGAAUAAACAAGCGUACAGUUAAACACAAUAGAAAAAAAGUCUAUAUACAGUGUGUGCAAAUGGCAUGAGGUGGUGAGGCAAUAAAUAGGCCAUAGUAGCAAGUAAUGACAAUUUAGCAAAUUAACGAGUGAUAGGUGUGCAAGUAGAAAUACUGGUGUGCAAAAGAGCAGAAAAGUAAAUAAAGACAAUAUGGGGAAAGGAGAAUACAAUGCAGAUACAGCUAGCCUACCUGACUAUAGCCACUUGUUUGAAUUAAACUGAAUUAGUAUGGUACUAUAAGAUGAUAGUGAUAAUAAACUGCCAGUUGCAGGAGUGUUUUCUGUUUUGGACCAAUCACAUUCCAUAAGGAGAGCCUCAAAUGCCUAACAGCCCUCAAAAUCAGUCAAACUACUUUUGUGACUUUAAUCAGCCUGUUCCUGAAUAAAUAAAUAAAAAUGUUAUAUAUGCUGAUGAGCUAGCUAGCUGUCUAUGAUUAAGUUCCUCUGUGUCGAUGUGAACCUAUAAUUACGAUGGAGUCCUCAGACAUCCCAUUCUCUGGUCUGUUUCAUGAAUACAUCAUUUGAGCAUCCUUCUUCAAUACUUCAGAGGUAGGUCUGUCUGGAACUCUUACAUUGUCUAUAGUACAUAGUCUGUCGAGUUUCUCUGGCUAACAGUCUCAAAGACCACUGCCUUGCAUGGUUGCCCUUUACGCCACAGGUCAGAUUUACUUUUCCCUCCUCCACUGAUUUAGUCAGACCUGCAUAAUAUCUUACUACUUUCGUGACUUGAUCAUUACACAUUCCAAUAAAACAUUUUAUUUUCAGGAUUCCCGUUUAAUUUCCUGAGGUCUCGCUAAAGGCCCUUUCUGAUGAGAACCACUAACCUGGCAUUAUGAGGUGUCUAAUAUCAGUAUUGUAUUCAAAGAUAUCUACUGGAGGGCCAUCUUGAACCUGAGGGCCCAAUAAGAAAAUACACACUAGUGGUGAAUUACUUUAAUGCUAUAAUCAAAUCAAAUUGUUCAACAAACUUAAUAGGUGCUUGUUAUGAGAAAUUAAGUUGCUAAAGAAACAGAAUUUGAGUUCAAGGCUACCGCAUGCUGAUCCCUGGUAUGUCCCAGUGUGUAUUGUUCGUCCCUAGUACAGCUCAUCCCAGUGUGUCAGUAUCGCUGGCAGGCCCACAGCCAGUAGAGGUAAUUGAAGGAGUCUUUCUAGUAGAGACUGUGGAGGCGAGGAGCGUGACGUGUGUGCAAGCGGAUGGGGAACAAGCACAGCUGCUGUAGUGUGACGGGCUGCAGCUCUGACAAGGGCUAUUAAUAGCUCCAGACUUGAUCUUCCAAGCAGCAUUUUGCUAGAGGGGUAUAUAGAAGUCUGCAGGCUACAGCCAUAAACUCAAUACACACAAGGUGACAAGACAGUAUCUUAGGCUAAGUAAAGCAAUCAAAGGAUGCUAAAGUAGCAACCCGUGGAACUGUAAACGAGAGGGCCACUCCUGAGAAGCAGUCAAUAAAAAAAAUAAUGCCUUGAAUGUUGAUCAAACACAAGCACUAUCAAAAAAAAACCUGAAUCUAUUCAAAGUUAAUCUGUGAUUCAGCUCACAAUCAUGAAAGGGAAUCUUUUAUUUAAAAAACCAAAAAAACUAUCGAUCAGCAAAUUAGUUUGUGGCUUCAGCCACCACAUUGUGUGUGACUGUGUGCGAGUGUGUUAAUGUCUAUUUCAGUUUGUGGAUGUGUGUUUGCAGCCUUAUAUAAAUACAAUGGCUCUGAAUUUCAGCCAUGCCUCAAUACCUGAGUCUGUGGGGGUCUGGGUGAGGCUAUCUGCUUAUCUUUUGUGCUCUGAUAGAACGGAUCCUGGAGUAACAGGCAGCAGCUGUGAGACGCUCGGAUGUGUCUGAUAUUAAGGUCUGAAUGCUUCUAUUCUCAUUGCUCUCCAGCUGCCUGUGUGUGUUGCUCCCUGGUUCCCCAUUUAAAAAGAGCAUUUGGAAAGGAGCCGAGCGCAGCUCUGAAGCAAAAUUGAAGUGGAAAUCUGACCUCCCACCAAAUAGAUUUCCCUUACAAAUAGAAUCACAGGGAAUUGAAUACAUUCAACUGUCGGAGAGGGAAUAGAGGAGAAUUAUGAUGGAGAAUGUAUAUUUUCUAUUGGAAUAAAGACAUGAUUACCAUAGCAUUGAAGAAAGUUUUGCAUUAAAAUGAUUGUCACACAAUGUAGUGGAGUGCACACAGAAGAAGUAAUAAAUUGAACCGAAACUGAGCAUUAUAGAAAACCUUUAUUUGUUGAGGUGAACGCUCCACUGAAUGCAGAUCAUCUUUCACCACUACUUUGUGUGGUCUGAUGCAUUAAUUCAGCUUUAACCAAAAAUAAAUGUAGUACAGUACCUGUACAUUACCAUCCAA